CCCAGGAUCCUUAGCGUUUGGAAUUGAUAGAGUGAGAGUGGUUUGGUUAUGUUCGCUUUCAGACAUUAAAAUGUGAAUUUGUUGUUGCAAUAACUUUUAAAUAUGUAAGUAAUUGUCGUUGAAAUAACAAUAAGCUUUAUUGUAAAUAAGGAACAGGAAAAUCCCGUUAAUUGAUUGUUGUAAGUUGGAUUUGACAUAUUCUGGAAUACGAUUUGUAGAGAAUGGAUCCAUCAGCAUGGCCAGAAAUAGAAGUUGCAAACAUGUUUGGGGCAGCUAGGAGUUUCAUGCGUUUUGAUAAUAGUAAAAAUGAAAAACUAAAAUUUGCUUUCAUAGCUGAAGCCUUAGCUACAAAAGGAUUUCUACAUUCCGUUGAGGAAGUUGAGAAAGCUUAUAACUUCCAUCUCAAACUGAAAAUUGAAAAAAAGAGGCAGGAAAAUGGAACUAACCAUACAAAGACAGGUACAGAAUCCUCAGCUACAAGCAGAAUAAAGUUGUCCGGAGGAAAGAAAUCUGACUCAAGUAAUGCAGCUAGUAUUACAACUGGACCAACAAAACAUGUAAAUGGGCAAGAAAUCAAACAGACACCAUCAGUAGAAAAUUCAACAGUAAAUAAAACUAAAAAUACUGUAAUGAAUCUUACCAAUCAGAGCAUUAAAGUAACACAAAGAAAAAGUAAUGAAGUUGGAAUAGAUAAAAAUGCAAAAUCAAACAAUAACCCUUUGUGCUUAAACAGUGAAUCAAAUAAAGGAGCUCCUGAGAUAAUACAGAGUGAAAUAGAAGAUAUAACUAGUAAUAUUUCAAAAGAUAAGUCAUUACCCAAUCCACUCCCUAAAAAUGAUAUCAGUAAUAGAAAAGAAACAAUAAAAAAACAAAUCAAUUUUGAUAUAGCUGACAAAAAAGAAAUGAAGGGUGUAGUGAAUGCCAGUGUGAAUAAAAAAAGAAUUAAAACAACUUUAAAGGAGACUAAUGAAACUAAAAUAAAUUAUUGUAUACCAAAUGUAGAUACAACUUUAGCCCCAUCAAAAUCAAUCAAACAAUCAUCAAACUCUACAAAACAUAGAAAAUCCUCAGACAUUUCCAGAGAAACUCCAGUUACAUCAAAAUUUGUCCAACAAUUGAAUUGUACCGAACAUAGAAAAUCCUCAGACAUUACAAAUGAAACUGCAAUUAAAUCACUGACAAAGAAAAAUAGUGAUGCGAAAAUUGAUGAGCGUGUAUCGGACAAUGAUAAAACUUCAGCUACAUCAGAAUCAGUCAAACAAUCAAAUUGUACAAAACGUAGAAGAUCCUCAGACAUUGCAAAUGAAACUGCAAUAAAAUCAUUGACAAAGAAAACUAGUGGUACAAAAAUUGAUGAGCGUGUAUCAGACAACGAUAAAACUUCAGCUACAUCAGAAUCAGUCAAACAAUCAAAUUGUACAAAACAUAGAAGAUCCUCAGACAUUUUGAAUGAGACUGAUGUUAAAUCAUUGACAAAGAAAACUAGUGGUACGAAAAUUGAUGAGCGUGUAUCAGACAACGAUAAAACUUCAGCUACAUCAGAAUCAGUCAAACAAUCAAAUUGUACAAAACAUAGAAGAUCCUCAGACAUUUUGAAUGAGACUGAUGUUAAAUCAUUGACAAAGAAAACUAGUGGUACGAAAAUUGAUGAGCGUGUAUCAGACAACGAUAAAACUUCAGCUACAUCAGAAUCAGUCAAACAAUCAAAUUGUACAAAACAUAGAAGAUCCUCAGACAUUUUGAAUGAGACUGAUGUUAAAUCAUUGACAAAGAAAACUAGUGGUACGAAAAUUGAUGAGCGUGUAUCAGACAACGAUAAAACUUCAGCUACAUCAGAAUCAGUCAAACAAUCAAAUUGUACAAAACAUAGAAGAUCCUCAGACAUUUUGAAUGAGACUGAUGUUAAAUCAUUGACAAAGAAAACUAGUGGUACGAAAAUUGAUGAGCGUGUAUCAGACAAUGAUAAAACUUCAGCUACAUCAGAAUCAGUCAAACAAUCAAAUUGUACAAAACAUAGAAGAUCCUCAGACAUUUUGAAUGAGACUGAUGUUAAAUCAUUGACAAAGAAAACUAGUGGUACGAAAAUUGAUGAGCGUGUAUCAGACAACGAUAAAACUUCAGCUACAUCAGAAUCAGUCAAACAAUCAAAUUGUACAAAACAUAGAAGAUCCUCAGACAUUUUGAAUGAGACUGAUGUUAAAUCAUUGACAAAGAAAACUAGUGGUACGAAAAUUGAUGAGCGUGUAUCAGACAACGAUAAAACUUCAGCUACAUCAGAAUCAGUCAAACAAUCAAAUUGUACAAAACAUAGAAGAUCCUCAGACAUUUUGAAUGAGACUGAUGUUAAAUCAUUGACAAAGAAAACUAGUGGUACGAAAAUUGAUGAGCGUGUAUCAGACAAUGAUAAAACUUCAGCUACAUCAGAAUCAGUCAAACAAUCAAAUUGUACAAAACAUAGAAGAUCCUCAGACAUUUUGAAUGAGACUGAUGUUAAAUCAUUGACAAAGAAAACUAGUGGUACGAAAAUUGAUGAGCGUGUAUCAGACAACGAUAAAACUUCAGCUACAUCAGAAUCAGUCAAACAAUCAAAUUGUACAAAACAUAGAAGAUCCUCAGACAUUUUGAAUGAGACUGAUGUUAAAUCAUUGACAAAGAAAACUAGUGGUACGAAAAUUGAUGAGCGUGUAUCAGACAACGAUAAAACUUCAGCUACAUCAGAAUCAGUCAAACAAUCAAAUUGUACAAAACAUAGAAGAUCCUCAGACAUUUUGAAUGAGACUGAUGUUAAGUCAUUGACAAAGAAAACUAGCGGUACGAAAAUUGAUAAGCGUAAAUGUAGUGAAGUUAUGAAACCCUCAGAUAUUUCAAAUCAAACUGCCAUUAAAUCACUGAUGAAGAAAACUAGUACAAAAAUUGAUGAGCACAUAUCAGACAUUGAUAAAACUUCAACUACUUCAGAAUCCGUCAGACAAUCAAAUUGUACCAAACGUAGAAAAUCCUCAAUUUCUAAUCAGACUGCAAUUAAAUCACUGAGAAAGGAAACUAGUGAUACGAAAAUAGAUGAGCAUGUAUCAGACAUCAAUAAAACUUUGAUUGCUUCAAAAUGUAGCGAAAUAAGAAGUGCAGAGCAUAUUACCAAUAAAAAUAAAAUCCAAGACAUAUUGGGAACGAAAAUUAAUGUACGUAUGCUAGAUAAGAAUACAAUCUCAAUUACACCUGGGUCAGAGAAACAAUCGGUUGUUACUGUGAACUCGGUGGAUAGUACAAAAAUUAACAAUAACAAUAUUUUUGCUGUGAAUAAUAAAUCAAUAGAACAUGAUCAAACUGUACUGGAUUACUUAAAAAUUAUGCCAUCAAAGAACAAAACAAACUAUUGUGGAGGUAAAAAACCUGAAAAGUUAAAUAAAAAUAGUUGUAAUAGUUUAAAACAUCCAAAAGAUAAAAAAGGUGUAUCUGCAGAUGAAAAUAUUAAUGCAAGCAAAGUAGCUAGGCUUACUCUGCAUGACAAAACAUCAAUGAGAGAAAAUGAUCCAGAAUUGAAUGGUGUACAGGUAAAUGACAGUGAGACAUCCAUUACUACAAAUAAAGAAAUACCAAAUACUCCUACUGAAGUAACUCAGCAAAAUUCACAGGACCAUGGGCAACAGUUAAAUAGUGAAUCUGUCCUAAUAUCUGAACAAAAAUCUCUUAAUACAAAACAGGUUGUAAGUAACAAACCUGCUGAACCAAGUCCAACUGAGAAAACAAGUAAAGAUAAGUCAAGAGUGGAUUUGAAGGCAUUGCCUUGUGGUUGUCAAAAUAUUUGCACAUGCAACUUUAAUAAUCUAGAUGAAACGGUCUCAACAACUAAAGAAACCUAUACAAGUGAACUAUCUGUUAUUGAAAGAAACAGUGAUUCAAGAACUGAAGCCAAUGUUUGUACUGGCAAUAAAGGAGAAGUAGAAGGGGAACGUAUAGAAGUUAGAAUUACUAGGAAUAAACGGCAUAAGCUUUGUUUGUGCAACGAGAAAGUCUGUAUUUGUCAUUUUGAAAACUUACCUACAUCUCCCUUGCAAUUGAGAAGUACCAGAAGUAGUAGAAAGGGUGAUUUCACAUUGACUUUGGUACAAAGUCAUCCUGCAGAGUGCAAGACUUCGACAGCAGAGCAGCACACUUUAAAAAAUGUUCCUACAGAUAAUCCUGAGGAGUCCAACUUCGUAAACAGUCAACCCAAACCACAAAAGCAAAUAUCAGAAAGAAGAAAGGCUUACAUGAGGGCGAGGCAAAGCAGGAACCAGAGAUUUAGAAGGCAACGGAAAGCGGAGAUGAUGAGGAUGGCCAAUGCUGCUAAGUAUAAUUGGGGUGGAACAAAUUCUGCAACAUUUAAAGUUCCUUAUUAUAAUAACCCAUAUACUUUAAAAAAGCAGCAAUAUUGGAAAGCAGUUGCUCCUCAACAUCAUCGCCCAUUUAUCAGAAUCAAAGAUUUUGCUAGGGAAAAUAAUUUUACAAGAGGAAAAUUCUAUAACAGAUUCAGAGACAGUGAAAGCGUAGCGAGGGGUUCAAGACUUGACACCUUUGGCAAUGGCCUGGACCACUCUGAGCAACUGGUGAUACACGACUUCAAUUCCUACACCAGUCCACUAGUAGAGUGUGCCACGCCUUCUAGAGGAACAGCACCUCUUAACAGGCAUAGAGAAACUCGCAGUGACACACAUGUACAGCAAAGUAUGCGUGGGAUGUCUGCUAAUGGGAAGUCACCCUGCAAACAUAGACCUAUGAAGGAAUACUAUGGGGAAGGUGAGGAAGAGAGGAACCUGGAAGACAUUAAAAUGGGGCAUAUGUCACCAAGGUCAGAAGACAACAAGCCACAAGUUGUGAUUUUGCCAUGUGAUAAACCUGAUCUUGAUAUGCCUUUCUUCGAUAUCGAGAGCAAAGAGAAGUUCCUUAAAUCUCAACAGUCCCCGCCACGUUGCAAUAUGGAGGAGGUCAAGCAGCUGGUUCAGAAUUACUUAGCGUACAACCGAAUCCACCAUAACUCUGCAGAUCCAGAUGUUCACAGUGAACCGUCCUCAUUCUCGCGCCAGACAACUGGGACUGUAGACAAGAAGUGGAAUGACAAUAAGGAGUUUAGGACUGGUGAUAUCGUGAAUAUGUACCGCAACCCUUCACCCCCUCUGACUCCCAACACAGUAUUUCCACCCUCGCCUAGUCCAGCAGUUGUGGAAACAACGGUACAAUCUGAACUGGUGACCACUGACACCAUGGCUGUGCCUUCAACUUCAAGUAGACCAUCGCCCCAAGUAGGGAGGCAAAUGAAAAAGAAAAGGGCCGCACGGAGAAUGGAACAUUUUGAAAGAUUGCUGACUACAGUUGCGAAGAAUCAGAUGAAAUUGUCUAAUAGAUUGAAGAGGGUAGCUGUUCUUGGGAAACGUGUUGCAGAAUUGAGCAACGACAUGACAAUUGUCAAAAAGUCUAUUUUAGAUCUCAAAGAAACGGGUACAUAAGUUAUGUGGAAAACGAAACAGUAAAAUUUAUCUUAGGCAGGUGUAAAGUGGUUUUGCAGCAUUUAAGUGAAGUCAUUAGUUACCAGAAAGUUGUUUUCUGCUUCAGAAUCUUCCAAAGUGAUGUGAUUUAGACUGUAAGAAGGAAGCUGUUUAGGUCAAUUGUUGUGUUAGAAGAAUCAGGUACAUUACUAACAACUAAAAAGGCUGUUAUAAUAAAGUAAGUAUCACUGUGUAUACAGGUAAUGCACAUAACAGUUAACUGUACCAUAAUUACUUAAUUAUUUUCAUUUGUCUGAUUUUAUAAAAACAAAAAUUAAAAAUACAACAUGUGUUUUUAAAAUACUACUUUUUUAUUUUGUUAGUGGUUUUUCAUCUUCUCUGGAGGAUUUUUAUCAAGAAGAUUCAAGGGAAGUUUGAGAAAAAUCCUAAAAAGGAAACAAGGAAGUUACACAUAUUUUUGGUAUUAUGUAAGAAGAGCAAUACAAACUUUUUUUGUAUUUAUCCAAUGUAACAGAUUGAGACCUGCAGGCUUUGAUAACAAAAUAGCAACACUAAAAAAAUAUAACUGUUUUUACAACUCUAAUAAAACAUGCAAAUAGAAUUUAAAAUAAUUGUAAUUUUUAUUACAUUAAACGGAAAUUAAUUACACUUCAAACAAAAUUAAAUUAGAGUAUUUAUUAGUAUUCAAAGGGUUUAUUGAGUUGUGUUUUAAAAGCUAUUUAAUGAAAGUGCCACCUAUUAUAACAUUGGGUUUCUCUUUGUAUAUUUAAUUUUGCCCUUCAUAGCCAUCCUUGUUCCUUAAAUUCAGGUAUAAGUGUUUACACAUAACAAAGUUUUUAGUUUUUUAUUGUCUUAAAAAAUUUCUUUUUACUUCAUUUGGUAUAGAUUGUUAUAUUGAGUUUGUCCAAAAACAGAAUGUUAUAGUGGCAAUUUGAUAUGCAGCAUUCUAAAACUUUAAAUAUUGGUCAGUUUAACAAACAUUUCGUUUUGUAUUAUUGUCUGUAGUGUUUACCUAGUGUAAUUCUGUGGUAUAACUUAACCUAUGUUUUCCCUUAAGAUAACAAUGAUAUUCUGAACACAGUGUGAAGAAGUGAAAGGUAACCGAUAAGACACAAAUAUGAUAUUUUAUUUUCUGCAAUAUUGUUGACUGUAAGGUCCUGUUUUUUUUUAAUUGUAUAUUGUUUAUUCAUUCCAAUAAAGUGUUUUGUUCUCUUUGUAGAAGUUAAUAAAUUUUUGAUGCUGUUUUAAAUAUUUUAGGUUAAUAUACAUUUCUCUAGUGUCCCUUUUCUUUUAAAAGCACAGAUAACUUAAUAACUAAUAGUGGUUCUUUAAGAAAUAUAUGUUCUUUCGUCAAUUUAUUUUAAACUGCUAUAUUUUUUCAUUAUUAUCAUUUUUGUUCUUGAAUUAUACUCUAGUUAAGGUACAAGAGUUCCUUUAUGUUAUCCCAUUUUAGAUUUGUUGAAGGUUCUAAUCACUAGAGUGUUUUAUUUGGAAGCGUCCCAAAAACAUUUUGCCACCAUUCUCCAAAGGACAUUCUUAGUUUUAAAUUGUAUUUUGUGUUUUAUGUUUUGUAAAAUUGUAGGGUGUAUUUAUAUUUAUUAUGAAAAGUUAUUUUACAAAAUUUACUUAAAGAACUUUCAUUUGUAUUUUGAACCAAUUAAAAUUGUUUGCUCUGUUGUAAUGCAAUUUUCAAGAGUAUUGUAAUCAGAAAAUAUUCAAAUGGAUCAAUAUGUCAUUAUAUAAUGUAAUGAUAUAAAGCAUUAAUCUGAUGCAUCUUGGUUUCGCUAUUACACACAUUUUGGUCGAUCCAUACGAAUUUGUGAAUGUCAGCCAUUUUAAUUUUAUUUAUUUAGGUUUUAAAUUGUUUUAAAAGUACUGUUGAUAACGUUUGCUUACGUAAUAUUUACAAAAGAGACAUUUACAAUGAUCAAGUCCGUGAUACCUAGGACUAUUUGAUUAGAUACAUCAUCACAGUAGAUUUGAUUAUUAAUUUCAGUUCAAUUGAAUAAUUUAAAGGAAAGCUUAUUAAGCUAUUUUAUGAUAAAAAAUAUGAAAAUGUAUUAUUCUUUGGCAUGGCAACUACUGCAGGUCUACACCUACACAAGUCCAUUGCAACCAACUUGAAUGUUGGUUAUUUACAUCAGCCAAGUAACAUAUAACAGUAUAUACAGGUAUUUGGGAUACAAGUAAGAGAACUCAAGUAUUGCAAGUUAUCAACCAAUCGAAAGAGGUGUAAUUGUGUUCAUAUACCAGUUCAUUCAAGUUAAUUGAAUCAGGCAUACUUGCUCCAAGUAACUUGACCAGUUCAACUCUGUUCAAACCAAACUCUGUCUAACUUGCAUAGAUUGUAAAAAUAAUGUUUUCAGUAAAUAAAACUGUAAAAUUUUAUCACAUAAAUCUUAAUAUUCAUUUCAAGAAUUAAUCUGGGAUUUAUCAAUAAAGUUAUGUGCCUUUAAGAAUUUAAUGUUAAGCUAAAUACAAGUUGUGUAGUAUGUUUUGUAUUUUGAUAUUGUAUUUUUCCAUGUAAAUAUGUUACAAAAUGUAAUUUUUUAAAUAAAUUCUUUUGUUAUUAUGAUGAUUUUUUUA